AUGGAGAAGGUGGUUAAGGAAAGGUGUCAGAAAAAGUUCUUUCAAGAUAGUCUUGAAGACAUUAAGAAGCAAAUGAAGGAAAAAAGGAAUAAAAACUUGGCAGAGAUUGGCAGGCACAAGUCCUUUAUUGUUGCACCAUGCCAAGUACCCACUAACAGUUCUACACUGAUGAAAAAUUACCAAGAAAACAACAGGUUGUUAGUUUUGGCUUUGGAAAAUGAAAAAUCCAAAGUGAGAGAAGCCCAGGAUAUCAUCCUAAACCUGAGGAGAGAGUGUUACUAUCUUGCAUGUCAGCUGUAUACACUGAAAGAGAGGCUAACUUCCCAACAUCAUGGAGAAACUGUUCAGACCGAAACGAUGACCCUCAGAAGUGGUCCCAGUAAUGACAACACACCCAGGGACUUUCCUGUGAAGACAUUACAGCAAAGUGCUCUUGAAGAAACUAACUGGCCUUUUCAAACCGAAGAGCCAAAUCGUACUGUUUUUUCAGAUACAUUGAGGAGCGAUUGUGAUUCUGGUAAAGUCGAAACUCCUAUUGAUACCCCACUUGAAACUCAAGAGUCACCUCAUUGUAGACUAAAGGAUGUUACCAACAUCCUGCUGUAUCCUGUGGUGAAAAUCAAGAGACUUUCUUUGUCCCUGAAAAGGAAUGAAAACAUCCCAGCAGUACCUCUGCCUAAAAACCGGUGCACCACCAUCACAAGCUAUAAAAAGCCAAAACGCACUUCACAGCUAGGAAGAGAGAACCCUUACACAGACCUGUGUUUCUUGAAUUCUCCUAUUUUCAAGCAGAAAAAGAAUAUGAGAUGUCCUAAAAGAAGUACAGAGCAAACAUGCUGUAGCAUUCAACCAGACUUGAGAGUUAUAUUAACUGACAUAAAAAAUAAGCAAGAGAAGGUGAUGGCAAGAAAUGAGGAGGAGGACAAGCUCAAUGUGAUGAAACAGAAGAAGGAUGUGAGAGCCAUGAGCACAAUUCAGCGAGGGUGUGUUUAUGGGAGUGCCCACCUCAGCCCUUCAGACAGAGAAUGCAGCAGGGAGAGGCAGUGCAAGAGAGGAAUCUGGAAGUGA